AUAGUCAUCGUAUAGAGUCGUCGCCGUCGUGAUCGUCGUUGAAUGUCGUCGGUCGAUGCUUACUUGGAUGAAAAGCAGCCGUGAGUUCGCGGGGAGAAUCUUGUUCCGUGCCGUUCCUCUGCGUUUCGGCAAUAUCUCAGUAGCCGUCGCUAGAAUUUCUCGUCGCGGUGGGCAGCAGAUAGCAAGCCUGGACUGGUGUAGUGUGGAUUCACACGCGCCUUGCUUGCGCUCUUUCUCUCGUGACACAAGCGCGUCGCACAAAUAUCAAUAAUAAUACCAAAAAAAAACUCAACAGCAUAAGCAACACAUUUUAACACAUAAGCUGGCUGCUGUUCCCCGCGUAUCACUCUGCAUGGAAAUCUUUUGCACUUGGACCGUUUACACCGAGAGCGGCGCGUUGACCAGAUCGCAGUUCUGUGUGUGAAAUUCGUACGGCGACGCGUCGUCAAUUUCGCUCCUCGUUCGCGUCGCCUACUUUGGUGGGAUUUCGGUUUUUUCGGUGGACGACUUUGGCGUGCUCUGACCCUCACAGGACGACGAAAAACAAAACAUUCCUCGCUGGGAUUUCGGUCGCAAAGUGGGUGCCCAAGCUAGCCCUAGCGAGUCGUGACACAUUUUGUGCGAGUGUGAAACUGUAUCCUCGCGCGGACGGUGGAAAACUCUGAUACCGAUCGGUUUUUUGGUCACGAUUUGCAGUGUUUACCAAGCGUCUAGUUUUAAUUAACCUUCGCGGCAAGUGCGAGCACAUCGGCAUUCAGGAGUCAGACCCAUCAUCCAUCCAGUGGCAGUUAAUUAAAGAUAAAGUUGAAACCUUGCCCGGUAGUUCGUGGAUAACGGGGGACUAAGUGCAGAUGAAAAUUGCCCUAAACAGAACAGCACCAACGUGCAUCGUAUAUGUGUGUGUAUGUGUAAACGGCGACGUAAACGUAGUGAAAGAGUAAAUAUCAAAUAUCGAAACGGAACCAAUAAGUUGGCAGGGAUUCGACAGCAACUGUGUAACAAAUAUCACUCGUAAAGCCUACGAUUAUGCGAUUGAAUCGAAAUAAAUGACGAAAUUGAAUAGCUCGGGAACUUAAUAAGUGUUUACCUAAAGUCGCGACAUGUCAUGACAUAAUCUCAUGACGCUUGUGAUAUAUCUUAAGCAUUAAUUAGAUUUUAAAACAUUCGACACUGUGCAAAUAAUUUUUUUUAAUGUGGAAAACUGCUGACAACGGAUCGGAUCGUUCAAUAACGGGAAGAAAAAGAAAAGAAAUCCAAUCAAUCGUUGUAAGAAAUUCUUCGCUUCCAACCGGAGGAACAAUGUGAUGCUGCUGCCCUCAGUCUGGAAGGAAAUGUGAACUGAAGACGAUAUCGUCGAACAAUAAAUUUUCCAGGAAAAAAGAAGAAAUUCCCGUUCGUUUAACAGAAAGUAGAGUGUUGUAAUAGAAGAAGCAGUAUAGUGAAGACACAGACAAAAAAUCAAUAAAGCCCAAAAUUGUUUUCGGACAAAUUCAGCUCAACUGAAGCGAAAAACUCACAUCCAUUUUUUCCUCGCUUUUUUUGGGAAGCUGGGUCGCCCGCAGGAAGAACGAAUAGGAAGAGAAAGUCGUCCCGGGGAAGAAGAACAAGUAACGAAGCAGCGAUAUCCUCACGCACGCACCGAGAGAAAAAUCACAGCUUCGAGUGUAAUAAUGAAUUUGGUAAAUUUUACGCCAAUCUGCGGGUGUGGGUAAUGCCACUAGUGCUUCUGCUGAGUCUACAGCACUCCCACCCAGAAGUGCCGGCGGUCGAUUGUGGGUGGCAGUGGGCAGAAAAUCAACGUUGUGGAGGUGGUGAAAUGUAAGUGUCGAUUCCACCACUGUAUCGCACCACAGCCAGCCAACCAUCUAUCGCCUACUACCUACAGCUCUCUAGCAUGGUUUUCUGGCGAAAAGGAGGGGGGCAGAAGAGUAGAAGAUGGGUCGUCAGUGCAAAUAUACCCCACUCGUCGUCGUGGUGAGAGUGUAAAAAUCCUCUAAUAACUUCAUAGACCUAGGAAGGGAAACGAGAGUGGAAGUGUUGUCACACGAACGAAUCACACAGACACCAAAGCACUGACACACGUGUACGGAGAAGACUGUGAGACUGACAAAGACGAAGCGCCAAACAAAAGUGUCUCUAUUGCGCAUAAAUUGUAAGCAUAUUUCUCGUCGUUCGGUUUUUAUUUUUUGCACCCAUCAUAGCGUGAACGGAAGCCUUCCUCGGUGUUGGUGCGGCGAGAUUAUAUCAAAUUACAUUUUAUCCGAGCUGGUGUGAGUAUGUCAACCGCGGGUGCAACACCACACGAGAGAAUAAAUAAGAGCAUCAUCACCUAGGAAAGAGUGUCCCAAAAGCACACAUACAACUACAGUUGCACAACUUAUCCAAGAGGGGGAGAGAUCGAAAGAAUAAUAAACAACGGCGUCAAAAGAAAAUAAAUAACUGCUUGAAUGCACACACACAAGGCAAUGUCUUGAAGCCAAGCUAAAGAAGAAGCGCUAGUACUCUUGAGAGCAGAGAGGCAAGAGAAAAAUAAAGUCAAAGCCUUCUGUGAUAAUCGAAAUCACCCCCUUUCCGCCCGACGUCCGGGGUUUAGAGUCCACUGUUCACACCACACACUAAUCCAACGACACCAGAAAAGGUCGUCUUCGUAGCUCGGCAGAUAUCCUCGAGACCGGUUUUUGUCCUCUUCUUGGUGACGACGAGAAAUUCACACAAAAGUUUUUGCCUCUAAUCCCCCUCGAUGUUAGUGUACCGAUUGGCUGCGACACACCAAUCCGCGAAGAUUAUCACACAAAAUAGAGGGAGUGGCCUGACCGUUUCGAGCCCCGCGUCCAAGAGUGUGUAUGUGCAAGUGCGAGUGAGAGGCCAGAGGGGUGCGGCCGACACCAGCUCAACACGAAAGGUGUGAUUACAGACACCAAAAACCAGACACCAAGCGCUUAGUUUGUCGCAGCAGCGGUAACCAGUUCAUACACGGCCGGCGUGAAGUUAGCAUCGUUGUUGUUGUUGUAGUUUUUGUUUCGUUUUUUUCUCUCGCUCUCGUGUGAUUCUCGCAGCCUCCCCCGCGCCGUGAGCGUACCCACCAGCCACCACCACCACUAGCACCAACCACCCACCCCCGUAGCCCCACUAUCGUGCUUGAAAUCACUGUGCCCACCGUGUGCUGCUUUGUGGGUGUGCGAGAGUGUCACGGUAAUUCACGACACGGCACGCAUUUUUUUACGACCUUCGCCGCGCGCGCGUUUCUGCGGUAGCUUCAGCGGUUUGGUUCCGGUGGCGUAGCCCCCAUUAGCCCUACGGUGCUGCAUGACUCGCGCGUGUUCUCAUAAACCAUCAUCCGCGGCUGUUCGCGCAAAAUUGGUGCUUCGAAAUUUCGCGGAAAACAGGAUAAACCAACAAAAGCUGCCGAGAAGCAAGCAAACUGUGACCCCCAGAGUGUGAGUGAACCGUGUACGCUUUGUAUCAAUCUCGCGUACUACCGCGGGGGCUUUCGUACGAAUCGACGGUGUUAGCCAAAACGCGAACAGUGAUUACUUAUUAAUUGCUCCAGAUUAAAAUACUACCAUCGGCCGACGCUAAUGUUAUCUGGCUGGGUUUCAGAAGAAAAAGGCCGCAAACAGUGCAAGUGACGGAAGAUAUACGAAUUAUCAUGCAUAAAUUAUCGAUUGAAACUGGUCAUUGUGAACGUACCGUGCAAUUACAUUGAGAAAACGGGAGCAUAAUUAGAAGUGUGUGAUUACAAAUUGCGCAAUUAAUUGCCGAAUGCAAAAAUAUUGAAAUAGUGCACUUCAAAUAGUGAAUUGAAGAAGUGAAACAGUGUUACGGUGAAGAACUAGAAAAACUGCCGACGCUAGCGGGAGUGUGUAAGCCACAGGACGACGACAACACACGCGGUGCGACCUCUCGGUGAUGUUGUAAUGAGAUACGACGGUCAAGAAUUACUCCAAUCUGACGAAUUCAGUAGGCCGGCGAAGGGAAUGGCCUAUCAUCCAUUCCUGCAGCUACCGAGACCCACUGACUUCAGCGUGUCGUCGCUGUUGACUGCGGGCUCUCCGCCCCAAGGACAGAACUCCCCCAGUGCUGGUGCCGGUGCUGCAGCAGCUGCCGCCGCAAGUGCCGCUGCCACUGCCAAUUCGCCGUACUUUCCGGCCGCAGCGCUGGCGGCCCUAUCGGGUGCUCCCGGAGCACCACCACCUCAUCUCUAUCCGGGAGCACUGCUGCCGAAGUUACCUCCUCAUCAUCCACACGCACAUCAUCCGCUGGGAGCCGCUUACACGACGGCCGAGGACGUUGUGCUGGCCGCCGUUGCUGCCCAUCAGCACCAUCCGGCGAUGAGACCGCUGCGGGCUCUGCAACCGGAAGAUGACGGGGUCGUUGACGAUCCCAAGGUUACCUUGGAGGGCAAGGAACUGUGGGAGAAGUUCCACAAACUGGGAACGGAAAUGGUCAUCACCAAAAGUGGCAGACAAAUGUUUCCGCAAAUGAAAUUUCGAGUGUCGGGACUAGAUGCAAAAGCCAAGUACAUUCUGUUACUGGAUAUCGUGGCAGCGGACGACUACCGGUAUAAGUUUCACAAUAGUCGAUGGAUGAUCGCCGGCAAGGCGGAUCCGGAGAUGCCGAAACGGAUGUACAUUCAUCCGGAUUCGCCGUCGACCGGUGAACAGUGGAUGCAGAAAGUGGUGUCAUUUCACAAGCUGAAAUUGACCAACAACAUUAGUGAUAAGCAUGGAUUUGUCGGCGAUGCCUCCGUCGUCUGGACGAUCCUCAACUCAAUGCACAAGUACCAGCCUAGAUUUCACUUAGUCCGAGCGAACGAUAUCCUAAAGCUACCGUACUCGACGUUUCGUACCUACGUGUUUAAGGAAACCGAAUUCAUAGCCGUAACUGCAUAUCAAAACGAAAAAAUAACGCAAUUGAAAAUAGAUAAUAAUCCCUUUGCAAAAGGGUUUCGUGAUACCGGUGCUGGCAAGCGGGAGAAGAAUGAGGCGCAAUUUUCAACUGCCACAGCAUUACGAAGUUGUUCCGCCUUUCGGCAGUCGCUCAUGGGCCAGCGGAGUUCCGACGGGGACAAACUCAGCCCAAGCUCCGUCAGCUCCUCCCGAGGUCCAGCUGGAUUGGACCACCGAACGAAUAGCAUAUCAACCCUAGAUGACGACGACAAGCUGCUGGAUGUUGUUGGACCACCACAAAGCCCACUCCUCUCGCUCAGUCAGCAGAUGCAGCAUCACGCAGGAUGGUUCAACUUUGAAGACGUGCAACGAGCGGAGGAAGCGAUGCGAAGGCGACUCCAGUCCGACGAGAACGAACGCGACGGAAGUGACUCCAACUGUUCGGAUAGUGUUUCAGGAAGCACAGGUGCCUUUCGUCCGACCUCGGGCAGCCCUAAGGAAUCGUCGAGUAGCGCCGGUACAUCAUAUCCUUCGCCAAAUAUCUCCGUAGGGCCACCCAUCCAUCCGCCUCCGCAUCUGUUACCGUAUCUCUACCCACCGGGACUGUACCCGCCGCAUCACCUCUCGCUCCUGCAUAAUCCAGCCGCAGCCGCAGCAAUGAAUCCCAGUUUGCUGUUCAACGCUCAACUUGCCCUCGCAGCGCAGCAUCCAGCCUUCUUCGGCCACUACUCAGGCCACUCACCAUCCUCGCCACUGCACGGUCUGAAAGGCCAUCGAUUCUCGCCAUACAGUUUACCAGGUUCCGGUAUGGGUUCGGCAUUCGAUGCGGUCACGCCCGGAUCAAACUCUGGAGGACCACGAAGUCUAAGCAGUAGUCCUCAUCCACGAGCUGCCUCAAACUCGCCACCUACGAGACCAAUCUCAGUGUCCCCCACUCCCACCCAGAACCCAACGUCUCCGGCCUCAGCCGAGACUGGUGCUACCGCAAUACCACCGUCAGCUCAGCCAGCAUCGAUGGUCACCACUAUGCCUUCCAACUCGCCGUCCGAGUUGAAGAGUAUAGAGAAGAUGGUCAACGGGCUCGAGGUGCAGCACAACAUCAACGGCAACCUGGAGAACAGUAAACUACAGCAACUCGCCAGUCACGACCAGUGACGACUCCUGGACGGUCCGGUGAGUGACUUGGGCAGCUCCCUAAAACUCGACCAGGACAUGUGACAGUUGGCAAUAAGUUCCAGCAAGUUAUUCAGCGCGAUGUGAAUCUCUUGUGCGUCAAAACAAAAAACCGUGAUCAUUCGCUUGCGGGAUGGGGUUUCGAAUGGGCAAUGUUAGCAGAACCUGUUAUCUAGAUGAAUUACUGUGCAAAUAUUUAUGCUUAAACUAUAAGGGACGGCAAUCCGAACAAAGUCAGUGCACGCGAUCAGCGGCAGAGGACAGUCAAUGGAAACCUCUGCCUUCGUUUUUGUGUAAAGUUAGUUAAAUGAAAAAAAAAA